CGAGGGUGGAGGCGGAGGAGGAGACGCGGGCGCUGUGGGGCGAGAUGGAGGAGGAGACGCGGGCGCUGUGGGGCGAGAUGGAGGAGGAGACGCGGGCGCUGUGGGGCGAGAUGGAGGAGGAGUACCGAUGCGGAGGAGGAAAUCUUCAGGAGUUGCGGGAUCGACGUCCGACCGCCGCCAAGACCGGCCUCUUGUGCAGCUCCCGGUCGCCGUCUCCUGUGCCUCCUCCCGCGUCUCCCCCACCUCGCCUGUGCAGCGUCGUGGCUGGACGUCGCUGGCGCUAUCUGCUGCAGCUCCACAGUCAACCACCUGCACGCCAUGGGAAGCAGCCAUGGAGGCCACACCUCUGGCCGCUUGCUCGCCCCUCGCCAGCCAAUACGUCCGCCAACAUCUCAUCCAUCUAGCAUAUGUGGAGGACGAUGGGAAGACGAGUUGUUCGCCAGAAGAAAUAUUGCAACACCAUGCCAGGAGCAAUAUAAGCAUUAUACUUUCUAACACUGAGAGCUUAAUUAUCUUUGAGGCAACCAGUCCGUCCAAAGUUGAUUUGGGAUGUAGAGAUUGAAGAACAGAAAAAUCUUAGGCCAUCAGGUCAGGAUGUCAGGUUCAGAAUUGCCUUGGCAUCUUCAAGUGUGGCGAUGAUGUUGAUUAUCGGGAUUUGGAGGUAAGUGUGCUCCAUACCGUAGCUGAGCCUGUCGGGUCCGCAGAGUGGCUGCACGACACCUCAAGGACCUGAUGUGAAGGUAGCAUAUGCUAUUCUACAGUGCUUGCCCUCUGAAAUCUGAAUUGCCGGUUGUAAAGUUAGUGCUGAACUGCAGUAAUCUACUGCACUUGCAUCUGAAGUGUACAUUUAAUAAGUUAAUACUUGAGAGUUAAGAUAGAUCACUAAUCUGGUUGGGGCUCUAUCAUUGUGGCAAUUUGGCAAGCGUUGCUAGAGGUGAUAAAUCUGCAAGCAGAAAGUCAA